AUGAGGCAAGUAACCGUCGUUUGGCGCACUCAAGCAGCGUCCCCUAUAAUGCACCUAUCGGCUGUGACUUGCAUGGACAAAUGCAGACCGUCCACAUUCUUGUGGAGCCGCAGCACGCACGUUGGGGCUUUUUCGAGUCCCCUCAAUACUGUGAGUUUUAUUUUGAAUGUGCCAUCGCCAGAGAGCGAGAUAACCCUGGCCAAAUUGGUUGUACUUUUCCAGGGACAAGACAGUCGAAUAUUUGAUUCCCGUGUGCGAUACGUUGCUCUACCCUGCCUUCUGCACUGUUGCCUCUUUGACGGCAUUAUUGACCCAUCUUUUCCACCGAGAAAGAGAGGGUUGGCUCCGAAUACCGUUUAUCUGCGGACGCAACUCUGCAGUCUUACGUGCCAUAUCUUCCACGCGUAUUUCCGAGGGUACGCGUCAUUUAUCUGGACGCCAACAACGCCAUCGUAUCAUCCGAUGCGGCACUCUUGCACCGUUGUUGUUGUCGUCACGGUAAUUUUUUUUUCCCCGACGGGAGUGAGACAAGUUUCGUUUUUCACCUGUACGAUGUGCUGGAUCCCACUGUGGGCGCUGAGAGCGUGCAGCGGAACGAUGGCAAGCUUGCAGAAACUGUCUCGCGUAAAAAUUGGAGGGCUGUUUGUUGUGCAAGUAGGGGAGAUGGUUGUGGUUCUCUCCUCCUAG